CAACUUUAUUUCACGUUCACAUUUUCUGUCUUAAAUUUCGAAACCACACAUAUAAAUAGCUUCGUGUCUCGCAAGGACGACAUAUGAAAGUUGGCACACAAUGGAGAAACAGAGCAUCACAAACACUUCUUCUUCUUUAUCUUCAUUGUCAUCUUAUUGGGUCCGUGGUACGUGCAUCGGAAGAGGUUGUUUCGGUACAGUUAACACGGCGAUAAGCAAAUCAGACGGUAAAGUUUUCGCCGUGAAGUCCGUGGAUCUCGCCACGUGUCUUCCCGCUCAGCUAGAGUCUCUAGAGAACGAAAUCUCCGUUCUCCGUUCGCUCAAGCCUCACCCUCACAUAGUGAGGUUCCUCGGCGACGGAGUCUCGAAAGAAGGAACGAGGUCGUUUCGGAACCUCCACUUAGAGUAUCUCCCAGAAGGUGACGUGGCUAAAAACGGAAUCAACGAGACUCUCCUACGGCGUUACGCGGCGUGUCUCGUCUCCGCUCUUCGCCACGUCCACUCGCGAGGACUCGUUCACUGCGACGUCAAGGCGAGGAACGUACUCGUCAUCAGCCGGAGCUCCGGAGUCAAGCUAGCGGAUUUCGGGUCGGCGAUCAGAGUUAGCGGACCGGCGGCUACGGGUAAGAUUACGCCACGUGGAAGUCCUCUCUGGAUGGCUCCGGAGGUGAUCAGGGGAGAGUACCAAGGGCCGGAGAGCGACGUGUGGUCUCUUGGCUGCACGGUCGUAGAGAUGCUCACUGGCAAACCCGCUUGGGAAGAUCUCGGGGUUGACUCGCUGAGUCGAAUCGGUUUCUCUGACGAGUUACCGAUUGUCCCGGUGAUGAAGCUGUCGGAAACCGGACGGGACUUUUUAGACAAGUGUCUGAAGCGAGACCUGAGUCAGCGAUGGAGUUGCGAUCAGCUUAUGCAGCAUCCGUUUCUGUCUGAGUCUCAGUCUCACGACUCGUCUUACGCUGAGUCAUCUCCGCGUUAUGUGCUGGACUGGGUUAACUCGGAUGAAGAAGAUGAGGAGGUAGAGAGAAGCGAGUGGAGUGCGGCGAUGGCAAGGAUCUUGAAAAUAGCGACGACCAGAGGGGCAAAUUGGGAAACGGAUGGUUGGGUGGAUGUUAGAAGUCACCAGCCUUCGGAAGAGGAAAGGGCAAAGAUAGAAUACUCGGAACACAACGCUUCAUUGAAUCCGUACGAUGACGUGGCUGAUGAGUCGGCGAGGAGUGACGUUGCUGUGUAUCCUAAUAGACCGCCGGGAAACGAGGACUCGGCGGCGGAGGUGCCAUAUGAAGUAGUGAUGAUUUUACGUUUAUUAAUGGAAUGUAUGGUUUAUUCUAGAAUUACACGUGUAUCCUAUCCACCGAAGCUACUCUCAUUACUUCUUGUUAUCAAUAUCGUAGCAAGGAAGUGUUGUCUUUUAAUGCAAGCCUCAGUUUUUUUGUUUGUUUGUUAGUUUGCACAUGUGAUUCGGAUCGGAGGAAACUAUCAUUUAUCGUGGUGAGAUGAAAUCAUGAAAGUGAGUGUUCU